GACGUAUCGUGAUCUCGAAGAAGAGAUAAUUGCAAUGUGGCACAUUUGCGUGAAAAAAAAUUUCUAACCUGAGACGCCGGAGAGCGAAAUAUUAUGUCCUAGUAAAAUUGAGAUUUUUCGCGAUCAAAGGAACCGCGCGCGUGUACUAUUAAUAAUAAUUAUGUCUAUAUGCGGUGGAUAAAGAUGAAUGUACCAUUGAUCAUUUUUGGAAUUUUAUAUUUUCUAAACACCUUGUUUAGAUCCUCUCAUGCGUGGGACAACGAUGAGUUGGAAGUGUUCGACGUCGUCGAGGAGGUCAAUCAAAAUUUUUACGAUGUCCUGGGCGUUACGCAGUCCGCGAACGCGUCGGAGAUCAAGAAAGCUUUUAGGCGUUUGUCAUUACAAUUGCACCCGGAUAAAAAUUCUGCAGAGGAUGCAGAUCAACAAUUUAGAAAGUUAGUCGCAGUUUACGAUGUUCUGAAAGAUUCUGGAAAGCGCCAGAAGUAUGAUAAUGUACUCGUUAAUGGUUUGCCAAAUUGGCGAUCGGCAGUGUAUUAUUAUCGCCACGUUCGAAAGAUGGGACUACUGGAAAUGAGUGUUAUUUUGUUCACGGUUAUCACAAUAGGACAAUAUCUUGUAGCAUGGGCAGCAUAUUUUGAAAAACGAUACACUUAUGAGCAAAUUUUUGGUAGCAAACUUCAAAAGAUGCAAAAGAAAAACAGAAAGAGCAAAAUGGAUGUACCAGAUUUGUCAGACAUCUUGGAGAAAAUUCCCACUCCAACCAUAUGGAAUACUCUUCCAUUUCAAUUACCAAGGUGGAUAAUAGGUUCAGUAAUAGCUAUACCCUCUACCAUUUUUCUCAUUAUUCAACUCUUGAAAGAAAGAAAGGAGAGGAAGAAGCAAGAGGAAGAGGAAGCAUUAAGAGAAGCACAAGAGAACGAGCAACCAGAACCAGAAGUAACGUCGCGCGGUGUUCGAAAACGUAGGCCUGGCUUUACUCCGCAAGAGAGAAGUAGCAGCAAUUUCAAAGAGGCCACGAAGAAAGAGGAAUUUAAUCACACGAAUCACGUCUGCGAAAAGCCAACGGUAUCCGGUGGUUUGUGGACGGACAAUGACAUAUUGGAACUGAUAAAGUAUGUAAAAAAGUAUCCUGGUGGAACUCCGGAACGAUGGGAGAAAAUCGCGAGCGUUAUGAAUCGCACUGUCGCAGAAGUAACACACAUGGCUAAAAAAGUAAAAGAUGAAGGAUUGAAGCCUGUUGAACCAGUUGAAGAGGAAGUUGUUGCGGAGGAGAGACCAAAGAAAAUUAAGACCCGCAGUGAAAAUACAGUUAGCACCGCCGAGUGGAGCCAGGAACAGCAGAGAGCAUUAGAGGCAGCUCUUACGAAAUAUCCGAAGAGUGCAUCCAUAGAUAGAUGGGAAAAAAUUGCAAAUUGUGUCGAAGGAAAAACAAAAGAAGAAUGCCAAGCGCGCUAUAGACAAUUGGUAGAAUUAGUGAAAAAGAAGCAACAACCUCAAUAGUUCAAUUUAAACAAGAUUCUGUUUUUCCGAAGACUUUGUAUAUUAUUGAGCCAAGAAAUAGUAUUUUACUGAACUAUAGCACAAGUGCGGAAAAACAAGAAAAAGUGAUAUCGCCCGAAUAUAUUAAUAUAUCUCAUUUAAAAAACUGUAAAUUUUCUACAGAUUCUCUUAUGAUGUUUCAACCGUGUUAUAAGUGUAACAUAUAACAUAUAUAUAUGCGUCCAUAACACAAAACUCGGUUUCAUCGUAAUACAAACAUAAAGAAACUAAAGGUAAGGGAAGAGAAUAAAUUAAAUAGGGACAUGUUUCUCCUAUUGUCACAUCUUAUUAAAUGUUAUCGAGAAUGUAUUUAUUUAUAAUAAAUUUAAUAAUAUUAAACAAGAGGGAAGAAAGACUGAAAAUGUGUGUGCAAUCUUAAAAUAUUGCCCUCUUCUUUAAAAAGACUGAUUAAUAAAGAAUUUGUAUCAUACUUUAA